GCUGCUAACAAAUCUCAUGUUGCCAUACCAUGAAAGUUAGCGUGUUUUUGACGUUACUUACCCACUUAGUGAUCAUGUCUUCUAAUGCCAAUGACGAAGACCCGUGGAUCGAAUCAAUCGAGGAAUCUCAACAACAACAAACCCAAACAGGGGAAGCUAUUAUUGACGAGAAUGUUGCUGUCCGUCGGAGCACUCGUCUGGCAAGCAAAGCCUCCUUUUCUCCCAGCAUCAGUGAUUGGCCUCUGCCAAAAAUAUUGGAGGUACUGUUCAAGAGCCAUAUAUCAGUUCCAACCGGAGCUACUCAUGAAGAGCUGUUUAACUUGCUUUGCGAGAACAUCGAUGUCCCAGCUCCCCACUCUCCACCACCGCCUCCUUCAGCCGGCAAGAAAAACAUGCAGAAAAGAAAAAACCUCGAGCCAGCUUCUGUCACUGGUGCACCCAAGCGGGCAUGUGGUUCUUCCAGUUCAGCCCGAUCAAGCCAUUCCACGAUCCAGAACAACGACCCAGUUUUGUCAGCUUUAUCAAGUAUUCAGUCCUCGAUCACCGCCAUGAACUCCAGGAUCCAGGCUUUGGAGUCUGGGUCAACAUCAAGGAAUUCAGAAAAUCUUCUAUUCUCCGGACCGGCUUCUUCGAGCACUGCGUCAACCACUCUACAACUACCCGGCACCGAGCAACAGGUCGAUGACGUCAUUCCGGCGACACUCCCGCGAAGGUCGAUGGGAAGUGCAGUUCCUGUAUCCACCGGCGCUCCGUUCUUUCCGCCGUCUGCUGCAAUCUCUCACCAGCUGAGAAGCCAGAUCAUUGCAGCCGUCCACAAGCUGGUCCACAGGACCCAUUGUUUGCCACUGAGGAGGGGAAGCCAAUGUCCAGAGCCUGGUUCUCCUCUCAUCUACGCCUUCUCUGCCAAUACUGUGGUCUUCCCCCAGAACGUUACACAGCUCAUUCUCUACGCAUAGGGGCUGCUACAACUGCUGCUUCCUCAACCCCUGUUUCUACCUUGAAGGCCAUGGGGCGAUGGUCCUCAGUCGCUUACGAACGCUACCUACGACCUGACACUCGAGCCAUCCUUGAGGCUCAAAAAGCUAUGAGUGCAGCUCAUAAAUAAAUGUAUGGCUUCAGUGCUAUUGGGUGUGUUUACUUUUUUCAUAUCACGCUAUUGUCACAUAGUAAUUGGCUAUUCCAAAGCUGUACACUGCGGGGGUUGGGCCUCCUGGCUCUGGGUUUUCUUGUGACAGAUUGCAUUUGGGUUUUCAUUGGCUAAAAUUUUGCGCUGCCCGAAUUUUAU